AUGCCAAGAAGACCCGCCAGCCUCUGGCGACGCCACCGCUUCCUGCCGUUGCAGCAGGCGGCGGCACGGAGCAGGUGCAGGCUACCACCGCGUUUGCGCGGGCGGGUGGCGGCUGGGGUGGUGGUGGUGGAGACUGGAGAGGGCGGCCGGGCGGGGAGGACGAAGCGCGAGGCGGCGGGAGUGGAAAUGAGGCGGCGUGAGGUGGGUCCUCGCGGAGAUUGGGAUAGGCCGGGGCGCCGGGAGCAGCAUCCGGAACCGGAAGGCGGAGGCCAUCGCCAUGGAUGCCGGCGAGCUCUGCUGCUGCAACGGAAGAGGACGGGGGUAGAGGAGCUUUUGGGCUUUCCUCGCUGGGUUUCUGCGAUGGGCUCUCAAGCCCCGUGCCAGCAAUGGGCUCGUUUGGGCCUUAUCUUUUGCGGCCCAUUUACCUGCACACAUCUACACCCAGCAAGUGAGACUUGCCAUCCAUUCCAUUUUGUCGCGGUUCGUCUCUGCGGCGGCGGCGGCGGCGAGGCCUCUGCGAGACUUCCAGAUCUCUCCGACGGGGAGGAGCCUCCGCAGCGGAGCGGAUCGUCGGAGAUGUCGUACAUAUGCGGGGGACCUGCUGACGAAGAUGCGGAAGCUGGUGAAGGGACUUGCCAGGCCCGAGCCCAGGUGGCUCAAGGCCAUGGAAGAGUCGGUGCUCUCGCUACUCCAACCUCUGUUUUCCCGUCCCUAGCUGUGCCCUUGCACUUACAUUUCUCGAUUGGUCGAUCCAUCCGUGAUGCCGUUAGGUGGCGCUUGUUCAUUAGGGCACCGCCAGUGACAUUUCCUCGCCCAGAGGGGAAGAUCAAGAAGAUCGAGUUUCCUGAGGAUGUGUAUGUUAGGAAGUUCAACAAAAAACAUCCGGAUUCGCUCUACCAUGAUGCAAUCAAGAUAAGUGGAUUUGAUCCCCCACCAGCUCGAGUUUUUGCUUGGCGUGUCCUGGAGCUGAAAGAGCAAGGAGUCAGUGAAGAUGAUGCGGUGGCUGUAGCCGAUAUGGAGUAUCGGACACAGAAGAAAGCAAAGAAAAAAGCAUACAAGGAACUGAAAGAAAUCGCCCGCAGUGAAGGAAAGAAGCCACCUCCAAAUCCAUACCCAAGUGCCAUAAAAGAAAUACAAGCAGAGGAAAAGAAAUAUGUUAUGGAUCGUUUAUUUAACCCGAAGGUAAUUGAGAUUGCGAACAAGAUGAAAGAGGAGAGAGACAAGUUGCGUCAAGAUAGAGCAGCAGGUCAAUGGUAG